CUCUCUAGGCCUUGAGCGCGCGCUGUGUGGUGCUUAGGUUUGGGCUUAGGUCCCGGUGGGGGAAGGAGAAGCGCAAGGGCGCUGAGGUGAGCAAAGCCCAGAGACCUAGCCAGGGCUCAAGUGCAGUCUCUCAUUCUUCUCUCAGGCGGGGGAAGAAUUCCCUUAACCACAUUCACAACCUUGCCUCGGGCACCUUAGCUGGGGCUGCCAGGAGGCCGUGGUGGCCGGGCAGCUGUUGCACCAAGAGGGGGCAGCUGCGGAGUUCCAUAACCAUAGCAACCGCAUCAGUACCAAGGCGGCAGUGGCGGCGGCGGCAGCGGCGGCAGCGGCGGCGAGGACAGCAUCCGUUUGCUCCUCCUCCAGGCAGCCUCACAGUGGAGACCUGAGACACAGCUCGCAGGUGCCGUGGACUUCUUGGUCGGCCCACGGUCGCUGCCAGUGUUGGCUGCUGGAGAAGGUGAGAAGAAGAGAGCGGGACCAGAGCUGGAACUGGGCCCUAGGAGGUGAGAGAGAGAGAGAGAGCGAACCCUGCAGUGGGAGACAGGUAAUGAACCGAAAAGAUCAUGUCUGAAGUACAAGGAACAGUUGAGUUUUCUGUAGAGCUACAUAAAUUCUAUAAUGUGGAUCUCUUUCAGAGAGGGUAUUAUCAGAUCCGAGUGACCUUGAAAGUGUCCUCAAGGAUCCCCCACAGACUGAGUGCUUCCAUCGUUGGGCAGUCCGAGAGCAGCAGCCUGCAUUCAGCCUGUGUCCAUGAGAGUGCCGUGCAUAGCCGAAUCUUCCAGAUCUUAUACAGGAAUGAAGAAGUUCCCGUAAAUGAUGCCAUGCUCUUCCGGGCUCAUUUGCUCUUAGAUGGUGAGAGGGUAGAAGAUGCGCUGAGUGAGGUCGAGUUUCAGCUCAAGGUGGACCUGCACUUUACGGACAGUGAGCAGCAGCAGCUGAGAGAUGUGACCGGAACACCGAUGAUCAGCAGUCGCACGCUUGGCCUGCAUUUUCACCCCCGGAGGGGUCUGCACCACCAAGUCCCUGUCAUGUUUGACUACUUCCACCUGUCGGUGAUCUCUGUGACCAUCCACGCUGCCCUAGUGGCUUUGCAGCAACCUUUGAUCAGUUUCACCCGCCCAGGAAGAGGUUCCUGGUUAGGGAAAGGUGGCCUAGACUCAGGACCAGAACAGCCCACUAUUUCUCUGGAAAACUUGGUCUUUGGAGCUGGAUACUGCAAGCCAACUUCCUCAGAGGGAAGCUUCUACGUCCCCUCAGAGAACUGCAUACAGCAUGCACACAAGAGGCACCGGGACCUCUGUCUGCUGCUGCUUCAUGCCUAUCAGGGCCUCCGACUCUAUUUCCUGGUCAUCAUGAGAGACAUUCCUGAGCUGCCCACCAUGGAGCUGGAGGCCCUUGCUGUUGAAGAGACCCUUUCUCAGCUGUGCUCAGAGUUACAGAUGCUCAACAACCCAGAGAAGAUAGCUGAGCAGAUCAGUAAGGAUCUUGCCUGGUUGGCCUCCCACCUGAUGGCUCUGUGGACCCAAUUCCUGGACACAGUGACUCUGCACUCCCAAGUGACCACUUAUCUCACCCAGGAACAUCACACUUUGAGGGUCCGAAGGUUUUCUGAAGCUUUCUUUUAUAUGGAGCACCAAAAACUUGCAGUCUUGACCUUUCAGGAAAACCUGAUCCAGACCCACAGCCAGCUAUCUCUGGACAUCCGGAACUCAGAGUACCUCACCAGCAUGCCCCCACUGCCCGCAGAGUGCCUGGAUAUUGAUGGUGACUGGAACACGCUGCCCGUUAUCUUUGAGGACAGAUACGUGGACUGCCCUGUCUCAGGGCAUAAUUUGAGUGUUUAUCCUAAUUUUGAUGUCCCAGUGACAAGCCCUGCAAUAAUGAAUCUAAAAGGGAAAGAAAAGAAUCUUAUAAAUCAAAAGUCAUCUUUGAGGAAAGACCUUCCAUUAUCUACUACAAAAGCACCCCAGUUGGGCUCUGAUGAGGAUGUUAUUAGGUGUCCAGAAAUGGAAGAGAAUGUCUCCACACAGAAUCCUGUGGAUGUGUGCUCAGAAUCUCAGGUGUAUUUGACCAUUGGUGAAUUCCAAAACAAAGCUGUCAUGCCUGAAGGUGAAUGCUGGACUGGUCCAAGGUCUGACGCUGUGCGAGAUUCAGAUGUGGACAUCCACAGGAAAAGUCCAGGUCCGGAAGAUGGGAAGACCCCUGCAUUGACCUACAUUGACGUAAAAUCUAGCAAUAAGAACCACCCAAGAGCUGAGCCUAUGCUGGGCCUUAAUGUGCAGCAGGAGCACAGGAGCUCUCAGGACAGCUAUGAUCUUAAGACUCUGCCAAGCAAAGCUGUAGCGGGAAUAAGUCAGAAUAAUGCCGUCUCUUUAAAUGAAACAGCUGCCCUUGAGUUCAGGACUCUAGGAAGGGGAGCAGACCAGGAGGGAAAGCCUGUACUGCUGAGCCUGAAGCUCACCCCUGCUGAGCCCUGUGACUCAUUGAACACCACGCACAGGGAACCUUCGGACACCACGUCUUCCCUGCAGGACCAUGCAGACGAGCAGGAAGAUCUGUCAGUGCUCUCUGGCAUCAUCAAAAGGUCAGCCUCCAUCAUAUCUGACUCAGGCAUUGAAAGCGAGCCAAGUUCUGUUGCCUGGUCUGAGGCCCGAAGCAGGGUGUUGGAGUUACCCAGUGAUCGUGAAGUUUUACACCAGGCGGUUCGAAGGCAUGCUCACCACAGGAACUCUUUAGAGGGUGGCCAUACAGAAAGCAACACCAGUCUGCCCAGUGGCAUCCAGGCUUCUCUUACCUCUAUCAGCUCUUUGCCUUUUGAAGAUGAGGAGCGCGAGUUGGCACUUACCAAGCUAACCAAGUCUGUCUCUGCACCCCAGAUCAGCAGCCCUGAGGAUACUGCUGAAAGUACAGACAUUAUGAAGCACACAGGAGGAUUUUCUGAAGACCUGGACAGUUCUAGCAAGGACAAAAGUUCACCUGGACACAGUUCUCCUUCUGGUGACUCCAGAGCCCAGGAUGUCAGGGCAGGACACUCUCUUGCAGAUAUAACUUUAGAAUCUGACAGAGCCCAGGGUCCUGGGUACAUAGAUAUUCCUAAAGGUGAAGAGAACCAGUCCGAUCCUCAAGGACCCUGCUGUCUGUCUGGCACAGCUGGGAACAUGCCAAGUGUUGAAACCAAAGGUCUUAACUUAAAAAUACCAUAUUCUAUAGUGCUUGAAAAUUCUAGGACCAGAUCUUUUCAAAGAACAGUAGUGGAGACCACAAAAGGCAAACCUAAAGAAUCAAGUGAGGAUAAACACAUACUCCCCAACCACAGCAACUUAGAAGCCAGGGCUGUGUCUCACAACAGGGUGCCUGAAAUCAGGAGUGCAGCUGCUCUUGAAGCUGUCAACUUGAACUCUACAGGUCUACAAACUGGUCCAUCAAGUGUCAACGAUACCAUGCCGUUGAAUAGAAGACAUAAUGCCUCUCUGGAGGUCAAACAUGAAGCAGGCACUGUGUGCCCCACUGUGACUCACGCUAUUGCCUCCCAAGUGUCACGAAACCAAGAGCUGAAGACAGGAACUUCCAUCUCUGGGUCCCACUUGAACUCCUCAGAGGCCUUUACUCUGGACAGCCUAAAGGCAGUGGAGGUCGUGAACUUGUCUGUGUCUUGCACUGCCACCUGUCUCCCUUUCUCAUCUGUACCCAAGGAGACCCCUGCUAGGGCCGGACUCUCUUCUAAACAAAACCUAGCCCCCAUCACUCAUCAACCUUUGGGUUCUUUUGGAGUUGUUUCUACCCAUUCCAGCAAGAUGGAAGAAGAAGUCAGUGAAAGGAUGUUCAGUUUUUAUCAGGCCAAAGAAAAGUUUAAAAAAGAACUGAAGAUUGAAGGAUUUCUGUACAGUGACUUAUCUGUACUAGCUUCUGAUAUACCAUAUUUCCCACCAGAGGAAGAGGAGGAAAACUUGGAAGAUGGGAUUCACCUGGUGGUCUGUGUCCAUGGCCUGGAUGGGAACAGUGCAGACCUACGGCUGGUGAAGACUUUCAUAGAACUGGGACUCCCUGGGGGAAAAUUGGACUUCCUAAUGUCUGAAAAAAAUCAGAUGGACACAUUUGCAGAUUUUGAUACCAUGACAGAUCGAUUGUUGGAUGAAAUCAUUCAACACAUCCAGUUGUACAACCUCUCCAUAUCCCGAAUUAGCUUCAUCGGUCAUUCUCUUGGUAACAUUAUCAUCAGAUCCGUCCUCACAAGGCCCCGGUUCCGGUAUUACCUCAACAAACUCCACACCUUCCUGUCACUGUCUGGGCCUCACUUGGGGACUCUGUACAACAACAGCACCCUGGUCAGUACAGGCUUGUGGCUCAUGCAAAAACUGAAGAAAUCUGGCUCCCUUUUGCAGCUGACCUUCAGGGAUAAUGCUGAUUUGCGCAAAUGUUUCCUUUACCAACUUAGCCAAAAAACAGGGCUGCAGUAUUUUAAAAACGUUGUUCUGGUUGCUUCUCCCCAAGACCGUUAUGUGCCAUUUCACUCAGCAAGAAUCGAAAUGUGUAAAACCGCCCUCAAAGACCGACACACAGGGCCAGUGUAUGCAGAAAUGAUCAACAACCUCCUGGGCCCGCUGGUGGAAGCUAAGGACUGCACUUUGAUCAGACAUAAUGUGUUCCAUGCUCUGCCCAACACUGCCAACACUCUGAUUGGCCGUGCAGCUCAUAUCGCUGUGCUGGACUCGGAACUCUUCCUUGAGAAGUUUUUCUUGGUGGCAGGACUCAAUUAUUUCAAGUAGGGCCUCCAGGGAACAGCUGGGUGACUGGCUAGAGCUGUUUAAGACCAGUUCGGUUCUUAGCUAUGUCAUGCUUUUCCAUACCUCUGAAUUCCAGAGUGGAGUAGAAGGAGACGGAGGGUAUGGAGGGAUGAAGCUGGGGUGGGGCUGGAUACUAGAGAUAUUUGUAACUGAGACAUUGAGGAAGCUGAACAAACAGUGUAAACCACAUCAGUGCUCUCGUGAAUUUGUCUAGCUACCUAGAGUCUCAUUCAAGUUGUUUCUAGGGAUAAUAUGAGAAAAUAAGAAGCAGAACACACUUGCCAUCGGUGAGCCCAGCUUUAUAACCACCCUGGCUCAUGAGACUCGAUCCAACUUAACUAGAUUUUGCCAGUCUGUUAUUAGGUCAUAGCUUUAUCAUGUGUUAAUUCUAUUAAGUGCACACAAACAUUUCAGAACUCAGGUUAACUUCUGUGUGGAAGUGGGGCAUCUUCCCAUAUAUAUGACCCCCUUAGUAGAUCAAACAUACCACUUGUUCAAAAAUUGUUCUAUACACACUCUUAUCCUCUCCAUGUUUUCUAAAGGACGGACAAGGGAAAGCGUGAUAAAUCCACAUUUUGUUUUCUAGCAGGAAUAGGUAGGGCGACUGAAUAAAAGGGGAGAUAAAGGCGAUGCUACUGGUAAAUACAGGUUUGGUGUAAACAGAAACAGCUGCGGGGAACAUAUCGAAUGAAUUGUUCCACUUACUUCCUUAAACUUUUUCUAUGCAUAGCCUGGUCCACAGAUUGUUUUCAAUGAAUGCCUGAAGUCCUGUCCGAAGUAGGGAAGACAAGAGAGGCUCUACCUGGCACAAGGAGGCAGUCGGAUGAAUGCAUGCACGUGCGAAACUUCUGCUGACACACUUCCAAAGACAUGCUGUAUUAGCCUUGAAUGCAAGGGCAACAAUUCAAAACCAUUAACAUGGCCAGCUGUUUCUCUUCUCCCUGAAAGGAGAAAGACAACCUAAGAGAGGCAUGCUGGGUAAAGAACCUCAGGGGAGCUCUAAGAAGGGUGCUGUUAUCUUUCAAUAGUGAUGUCUUCUUGCCUUAGGAAAAUAAAGGGCUAGGAAAGACCACAUACGUAAAAACUAAUAGCAGAGGCAAAAGUGAGAUCAGACUGGAGAACAAAAGCCAGAAUGGAAACCCAAUUUCAAGUGUUACUGAUGGGUGACAGAUGCAGAAGUUUUGAAAAUAACCGGGAUAUUUAAAAUUGUCCCCAUUUAAGUGCAUUAUGUAGGCUAAAGACAAAAAAACAACAACAACAACAAAAAAAAAAAACCGAACAUUUAGAUGAAAUGCAUCAACCAGGGCAGCAUGAAUGAUCACACUGGAGACAAAGACUGUGGGGCUUUUUUUCCCCCCAGAAAAACCCUACAUGGUAUGGAAACCUGUCUGCUCUGGGCACCUGAACCAGGUUCCCAGGUCACUGAUCCCAUGGUAAGAAAGCCAUGGGAGUCUGGGUAGGUGCAAGAACCAUAAACACACACACACACACACACACACACACACACACACAGAGUGUAUAAAUUCAGACCAUGGGAAAUGAGUGCAGAUGGUUAGUUUGCAGGGCAGCAAACAUGUGGGUGGUUCUGGGAGGGGCUGAAAGCUCUGCAAAGGUUGACCUACAAUGGGUUCAGGGUUUCUCCAAGGAUCUUUUCUGCAUUUCUUGAUAUCCUCGUCUUGAUGCAUACAUUUCUCAUUGGGCAUUUUCCUGAAGUCCCGAGUCAGGGAUUGGCACAGGCUCUUAUCUAAUCAGUGGCCCUGACAUGUUGGAUUUGUUCCUUGGAGAACACUUUUUUCCUCAUCACACAACCCAGGAUCUUCUGACUCAGACAAGCACUGCUGCUUCCCGCAGCAUAGUUAAUCUGUAGCAAGUUCUCCUUUCUGGAUACUGCGGAGCCCUGCCUGUCUGGUCUGAAAUGCUUGCUUCCUGUUGUUUCCAGCCCUCAGCAGCAGCAUUUGUCAUGUGAGAGACCACAUAGUACUUACGGAGCCAGAAUGAGUCUGACGAUUCUCGUCUUUUCCAAUAAUCAGAUGCCAUUUUUAACUUCAAUAUGCUGUCUGGACUAGUGAGAACUCAUGGCAAUAACCAUUCAGCUGCAUGGCACGCCUCUUUUAGGUGUCCUGCUGUCUUUGUAAACCCUAACUGGCAUCUGAGAAUCCACCCUCACCAUGUAGAAGGUGUAGUCACGUACUGUAAAUAAGAGUGUCAAGUAUUGCGUGUCAUGCCUCAUUUGAAAAGGCUUUUUUAUGUCUCUUUCUAUUAAAGUAUAUAUAUAUAUAUAAUAUAUAUAUCAAUAUACAUAAUAUAUAUGUAUAAUGUAAACAUGGACAUUCUAUUAUUGGUUAUAAAAAUUAUAAACAAAAUUCCUGUCAAGGUAAUGAGCCAAUAUGUUUCCUUCCUCAGUUCUGUUUUAGGUUUUGUUUGUUUGAUUUGUAGUUUCCCCAAACUAGUUAGAAAUAAACAUUACUGUCCUUGAGCUUAUUUGGAAUUUGCUAAUCAUGAACCAAAUAAACUCAAAGAAUAAUAUAGAAGCUAAGGUCAAUCUGGAUUCAAGUAAUGACCUCAGUGGCAGGCUGAAAUCAGGUGCAGUGCUGAGAACAUGGGAAAGUGUAGAAGGGAAAACACAUUGUAUACAUUUCCGUAGUUCCUUGACAUUCUAAGCUUCUGUCUGUGUCAGACAGGACCCCACAGACAUGUGAAGUACAACUCUCAGGAACUCAAGAAGGACCCACCAGUUAUUACGAUCUUAUCAAGGAAGAGCUGGACUGGAGCCUUGAGAUGGAGCAGGGUGUUUGUAGAAUUCUGAUUUCCAUUGUCUGGGGAAGAACAAGAAGAUAGCCAUGAAAGUGAGACUGGAAAGAGAAGCCCAUUCUCCAUGCACACAGCAAUCAUUGCAUUCUUCAUGACAUUGUUCCUCCACUGGAUACAUCUGUGUGAGGGCCUCCUUCGUGCUCAGAUGCACUGCUAACUCCAGCCUCUCAGGGCUUAGCCAAAUCAAGCGGUGACUAAAAUUUAUGCGCCUCACAGAAGCUGCAUGGCUAGGAGAGCUCAGAGACAGGACUGCAGCCUACACCAGAAAGGUACUGUCUGUCAGGAAGUCCUCCUUGGGGGCACUUUAUGUUAAAGCCUUGACAUGAAGGCUGAACCAAAAGUUGGCCCAGGGAAGGGUUGUCUGAAGUAACAUCCAACACAAGGAACCAAAUAAGACAUUAAGGGAUGGGAGAGAUGGGGAGCAAGAAGAGGAAACGAUGGCACAUUGAGGAAUAGGUGGGGAGUAUCUGAGCAGACAUGACACAAGGAGGUGUGAGAAUUGCACAUUCACACAACACUUUCUUCUCAUGUCAGGAAGAAGUUACCACUGUGAUCUCUGACAAGGGAAUCUAAAUGGAAAUGAGAUGCCCAGGUGGCAGCCCUGCCCCAGGUUGUUAAAAUAGCCCUCUCCUGUGCUGGUUCUAGGGAUCCUUGACCCCACCCAUCCCCCAGCCUUGCAGGAAGUCCAUGGCUGUGCUCUUCCCACCACUUAGCGCUGAACUGUUGUCAUUUGGAAGUACAUACAGACAUAACUUCUGCACUUCCCCUUGAGAAAUCUGAGAAGCUGACAACAGAUAGGAUAAUACAAAACGUGGAAUAGUUGUUUAGAAAGAAUACUCUAAUUCUUUAGAAAUUUCAUACACGAUCGUACACACUUUCUCUCCUCAAUUCUUCCUUUGCACUUCUGUAAAAUCAUCUCCCAGUCCUCUUCCUCCUAACCUCCUGACUUUUAAAACUAAAGAAUUAAGUACAGUUAGCAGUACUGCCUAUACAUGCCUAGAUAUGUGGCCAUUCGCUAGAGCAUUGGAAACCUUUGAGUAGCUGCGCCUUCAAAGGAGAAUUCUCCUUUCCCCCAGGAGGACUGAGACCCAGAGAUCAGCUUCCCAUCUAUGUGGGAGUUUUGCCUGACUUUAUCUUGUGUAGGUCUUAUGGAAAUGACCAGAGUUGGUGAAAGUAUGGGAGCCUGUAACAUGUCAUAUCCAGAAGACAGCAUCUCCCAGCAUUCUUUCCUAGCCUCCAAUUCUUCUAUUCUUGUUUCUCUGCUCUACUCUUCUGCAACGGCUGUUGAGCCCAGGUAGGGUGGAGUAUUGCUAUGGUCAUCCCAUUUGGGGGCAGCCCCCAGUCUCUCAUUCUCAGCACUCUGACCAGCUCUGCAUCUCUGCAAUGACUGCAAUCCACCACAACAAGCAGCUCCCCUGACUGAGGCUGAGAGCAACUCCUCUCUAUGGGUGUACACAUAAAUAUUUAGAAGACAAAUGGAUGAUUAUGAUCCUUUACCAAAAUGGAAAGAGUAGUUUCUACCCUAGUGCUUAUGACCUCUCACAUCUUGGGCUUUUGACCAGCACUGCACAAACAUGGAAUUCCUUCCUGUGGAGAAAGCCUAAAGUCUAGUCAUAAAGCUGCUUGUCAUUCAGUGUUGUAUAUAUUGUGUACAAAUGAUAUUGAGGGUGAGGUCAAGUAUUUGUUUUUCUGGAGUUGAGGUUUAAACAGUGUGCUUUCAUUUGAUUUUGGAGGGAGGGGGCUAUGUUUCUUUUAAUCCAGUUACUUGAUUGGAAAAGACACAAUUAAAAAAAUCAAAACCAGAUAUCAGAUGAUUCCCAACCUUGUUAGAUUCUAAUAUCCCGUGUAAAACACCUACCUAACAAAUAUGUUAUAUUACAUAAGAAUUAUUUUCAUCAACAAAGUGGCUUCACAAAUCGUUGUCAGUGAGAGCAGCUGGGGAAUAGGGGAAGUGUUCCAUUUUGGCAGGAUGUCUGUGUUGCUCUGUCUCUACAACAUAGUUUCUGAAACUGUGAUGUCUGUACUUUCUAUCAUUUUCAUCCCAGGCUAGCAGACAUAUAUUCAUCCACAAAUCAAGCCCCUUUAUGAAAGGGCUUGAGCCACUACUCAAUUGUCCACAGAGAAGAUGUUCCUGUAAAGAAUAAAUUGAAGCCACAAUAUCAUGCUUUUAUCUUUGUGUUCUCAAGGUCCUAUAAAUUCAUUAACUCUUGAGAUUGCCAUCACAUUCGUAAUUCUUCCAUAUGUACACAUUAUUCCUUGAGGUGAGCAUCAUAUGUGUUCUUCUGGAAAACCUGAGGCUCAGCCCCUUGCUUGACACAGAAUGGGGAUGGGAUGUGUGUGUGUGUGUGUACGAGCGCAUGUGUGCGUUUGUGUAUGUGUGUGCGCUGUUUUGAUGUGUUUUGUUUUGAAAGCCCAUUCCCUUUUCUCCAGUUUCUUAUAUAUUGCCACAGCAACUGACAUUGAUGCAGGAGCAAAUCAGCACUCUUGUAAGUUGGUACCAUGAACUUCUGAAUUCACAAGCAGUAGCGUCACGAGAUAAUAACCUACGGUAGAGUUUCAUUUCAUGAGAUGAACCUACCUUCUCACUUAGGAAAGCAGUUCAGAUAUGGAUGAGACAGGGAAAUGAAGCUAGGACAGAGAAUUUGCUGAAUCAGGAAUUUGCAAAUCUGGGGGAAGCUUGGAAAUAUUUUGUAGCAAAAGGGUUUCUGGAGGCAAUUUGUAGGAAAAAAUUAAUAAACGUUCUAUGUGGCUUAAAUGUGAUUUACAGAAUGGCUUGAGGGACAGUCCCUUGUAUGAAACGUUAGGCUUAGGCUUUUAUCAGUUGAAAUAUUGACUCCUAGGUGUUUUUACUCUGCACGUUUGGAAGUUAAUUCAGUGUGUGAUUGGUUAGAUUAUCUUUUUUUUUCUACUCAGGGUGCAUCAUCAGCCAUUAUUAAGAGUUGGGAAAAGUUUGUAACUUUGAUUCACAUCUAGAAAAAGAAUUAUAUCUAACAGUGUUUGGAAGCUGAAAUCUGUUAAAUGUCACUGAUUCCUUUAUAUUGCUCCCAAUUGCAGAGGUAUUUUUUAAUGUCUUUUAGCUCCAGGCUAAAUUGUUGCAUAUGGAAAAAUAAUUUUCCUCAUCUUUCAUAUCCCAUGGAACUUUAAUAAUAAAGUAUAUCUAACAUUGUAUGAUUAUAUGUUUAUAUGUAUAUACAUACACAUAUGUAAAGGAAAAUACUUGCAUUAUUUUCCUAUAAAAAGUAUAGCUCAUGUAGUCACAAUCAUUUUCUAUGUUUUGAUGAGAAGUUAAUGAUUUUACUUUUACCCAUUUUCCCCCAUAAUUCACUCUUGAAUAUAUUUCUUUUAUAAAUAUCAUUUAUUUGGUAUUUCUUUGGCUCUGUGAUAAAUCUAGGUGGCCAUUAAAAGUAUUAGGUUAGAAGGCUUCCUUUAAUCUGGUGGGAGGAAAAGAUGGCUACUUAAGCAUCCUGGGAUAGAAUGAAGUAAGAGUGUUGGGCAAAACAAUAAGGAUAUGAUCCUGUGGCUCUAUAAUUGAACAAUACUCCUAAUAUUGGGAUUUUAGUUCCCUAGGUGGGUCUGGAUACAGAUGAUUGAUCCCCAGGAAAUGUCAAAGUGAUUUCAACUCUACUCAGGUUGAAAUGCUUCCUUGAGCAGAGCCACCAUUCCCUCAUCAGUGUCAGGGUAGGAGGUGGAUGGUAAGAGAUGAAUGGUGUGUGCCAACAUCUAUGCUGCCAAGGAGUUCUUCCUGCCCGGUGCCAUAUCACUUGGCUGUAAUUUAUAGUCUUUGGAUUUUCUAAAGACUCUAAGGACUUUUUCCCCCCAUUAGCAGAUAAACCAUGGCUGUGCAAACAAAUAAGAGGCACAUAAUGGCUUCAAAAGCAUGGCCAUGCUUAGACAAGGAGCUGCCUUGGACCAAUGUCCUUUGAUAGCAUAGGGUAAGGCUAUGAGAUUACUUAUUUUAACUUUUAUUUAUUUUUGCAAAUAUUGCAUAUUUAGAUGAUGAAGAAAGGUAAGGUAUUUUGUCAUGGUCUCAAAGAAAGGACUUGUAUGUAUAGCCUGAUGCCACUGUGAUUUCUAACUCAUAUUUACUCUGCUGAAAAAGAAUAUAUAUACAAUAAUCAGUUUCCUAAAUAAACUUGCCAAUUGUCUGUGACACAAAAACCUUAGUCAUAACAAAAUCAUUCGUGCCAAUAAGCUCCACUAUUUUUCUACACUUGCUUCCCGGUUGGCAUUUUGUGUAACAUGUGAUAUAAGUGUGUAUAAAUGAUAAGCAAAGUAACAAUAAUAAAACCCUUUGAU